AAGGAGAAGGACAGAGAUGUCGAGGACGCUGGUGCAGCCGAUAGGGCAGAAGAGGUUGACGAACGUGGCGGUGGUGCGUCUGAGGAAGCAUGGAAAUCGCUUCGAGAUCGCCUGCUAUCCAAACACGGUCCUUUCCUGGCGUUCUGGCGUGGAGAAAGAUCUGGAUGAAGUAUUGCAGUCGCAUACCGUCUAUUCAAAUGUUUCUAAAGGAGUUCUAGCAAAGUCAAAGGAUUUGGUUGCUGCCUUUGGGACUGAUGAUCAGUCAAGGAUAUGUUUAGAGAUUUUAAAGAAAGGAGAGCUUCAGGUUGCUGGGAAAGAGAGGGAAUCUAUUCUUUCAAAUCAGUUCAGGGAUAUCGCAACCAUUGCUAUGCAGAAGACAUACAAUCCUGAAACUCAACGUCCUUACACAAUCAAUAUGAUUGAAAGACUAAUGCGCGAAAUACAUUUUGCUGUCGAUCCAAACAGCAGUUCAAAGAAGCAGGCGCUGGAAGUUAUUCAAGAGCUUCAAAAGCACUUUCCAAUUAAACGGUGUCCACUAAGAAUACGAGUUGCUGCUCCAGAGGAGGAAGUGCGUACACUGCUAGAUAAGCUGAAUGCUUGGAAGGCCAGCAUCAUUUCCAAAGAAGCAUCUGCUAAUCAGUUGUCCAUUGUGAGAUUGAAUUCCCCUAGUUUUUUGCGUGGAAGUAGUUCUUCAUUUGAAUCCAUUUUGCGUUUCAACUGCAAUGGUUUUUCUUCUCUCGCUGACUCUUAC